AUGGCGGCACCCAUCAAGCCGGGUUGGGUUUGGGUCAGCCCCGGCCCACCCCCGGGGACUCGCCCGAGCACGUCUUGCCGGGCCAGAGAAGAAAAAGUCUGCCGACUGACCACCCAUCGCCUUCGCCAACAGGAGCAUGACCGAGUCGCCCCAUCAUCAGCCGAGCCCCACUGGGAGUGGGCCCUGGAAGAGCAAACGCGGAUCGGAAGGGUGCGGAUCUGGCUGUGGCGGGAGAGCCCACCGGCGGAUGAAGACUUGCAGGGACUCGGAGAUCCGCAGGUCCGCGGCAUGGAGACCGGGGACGGGGUGGCGGUCGAGAUCGGAGACGAGCGGGUGGAGAUCUACGUCGGAGCUCAGCUGGACAUCUCGCAGCACACCGUGGAGGUCAAGACGCGGACGAAGAUCGAGAUCGGGCUGAAGACCUUUCCGCCGGGGGACGCUAAGCGGGAGGACCGGUUCGAGAAGACGAGCGCGCGGUUCGGCCUGGCCAGGCUCAAGAACGACGGCGUGGGCCGGCUGUGUUGCGGGCGGUGCCGCAACGAGCUGGUGGACGGCCUCGACGGCGCGGACGUGCGAUGGUACGCCCUCCCCUCGGAGGAUUGGGCCGAGUUCGUCGAGUAUUGGGUCUGCCAUGAGGACAUGAAGGUCAAGGCGGGCGACAGCGUCGGCUGCGGAGCCGGGAACGGCCUCAGGAAGCCCAGACCACGCGAGGGCUUCCUCGGCGAUUGGUUCCUGCUGCUCGACCUCGACUGGGUCGAGAACAUCGCUUCUCAGGGGUCCAAAUCAAUCGGAUGGAGAAGACAAGCGCCUCAGAAAGCCGCCCAUCAACCCACGAGAAAGCACUUCGUAGAAUGCAAUCGGUGCGGUUUCACGUUAGGCGAGGUGGAAGAGGAUGUCACUCGUCAUGAACCGCCCGCUUCAGCCGACAAGAUUCUGGAAAAUCCGGAGGGGGGUCCGUCUGGACCGAACCGGAGAUGGAUCAGGUUCUAUAAACGAGCGAUCAGCUCGUCGACGCAUUGGCAUGCUCAGGACGACGAGGCCGAUGGACGCGGGUUUGAGAUCUCAUUGAUCGAGGAUGAGGUCUCGAAACUGGUCGAGUCGAAUGGGUUCUACAAGGUGGCGGUCAAGAACAUGGGUGAUUCGCGCUCGAUCGGCCUGUGGAUCUUUUGUCCCUCGGUGUUGAUCCGCUGUCGGCGACGGCCAGCCGGCGGAGACGCGCGCCAGCCGCUCAGCCGGGCCAAGCUGAUGUACGUGGUGUUCGAAGGAGACGGCUCGCCGGCCGACCUCGCGACGAUGGAGCGCUUCGAGACGGGCGCCAGAAACAGCCUGGGCUCGGAGCGCAGGAUCGGAGAGAUCUGCGUGCCCGCCGACCACUUCGAGCUGUUGCUGGCCAAGCUCAGUCUAGGCUCGAUCUAUCGCAUCGGACAGCCGAUCGCUCCAUUCUCUCCGCCCGGCCCCGUCCCCGUGUCCCAGCCACUCGAUGAUCGCGUAUCUGGGGCAGACGACGAUGAGGACCUGUUUCAGGGGAUUUAUCGAGUGGCUUACCUCUGA